UCUGAACGGCUCGGCGGAGCGAGGAGGACGGCUCGGAGCCGCCGGGAUCCCGGAGAUACGAAGAGGGGUCGCGAGGACCCCCGCCGCAAGAUGCUGCUCUCCAAGUUCGGCUCGCUGGCGCACAUCUGCAGCCCCGCCAGCAUGGACCACCUGCCCGUCAAGAUCCUGCCGCCAGUGAAAGUGGAGAAAGAGCCCUUCGAUAAAGUGUACCAGGUGGGCUCGGUGCUGGGCAGCGGCGGCUUCGGCACGGUGUACGCGGGCAGCAGGACGGCCGACGGGCUGCCGGUCGCUGUGAAGCAUGUGGUGAAGGAGCGGGUGACCGAGUGGGGCACGAUCGGCGGCGUCAUGGUGCCCCUGGAGAUCGUCCUGCUGAAGAAGGUGGGCUCCGGCUUCCGCGGCGUCAUCAAGCUGCUGGACUGGUACGAGCGGCCCGACGGCUUCCUCAUCGUCAUGGAACGGCCCGAGCUGGUGAAGGAUCUCUUCGACUUCAUCACGGAGAAGGGCGCGCUGGACGAGGACACGGCACGCGGGUUCUUCCGGCAGGUGCUGGAGGCCGUGCGGCACUGCUACGGCUGCGGCGUGGUGCACCGCGACAUCAAGGACGAGAACCUGCUGGUGGAUCUGCGCACGGGCGAGCUGAAGCUCAUCGACUUCGGUUCGGGGGCCCUCCUCAAGGACACGGUCUACACCGAUUUCGAUGGAACAAGAGUAUACAGUCCUCCAGAAUGGAUCAGAUACCACAGAUACCAUGGGAGGUCAGCGACAGUAUGGUCUCUAGGAGUCCUCCUUUAUGACAUGGUGUGUGGCGACAUCCCAUUUGAGCAGGAUGAGGAGAUCUUGCGGGGACGACUGUAUUUCAGGAGAAGAAUUUCACCUGAAUGUCAACAGCUUAUUAAAUGGUGCCUUUCACUGAGGCCUUCAGACAGACCAACACUUGAGCAGAUUUUUGACCAUCAAUGGAUGCACAAAUCAGAAGUAGUGAAGUCUGAGGACUGUGAUAUAAGGCUACGGACCCUUGAUACUGAUGUAUCGAGCACAAGUUCAAGUAAUGAGAGUCUGUGAAUGGCUAAGGACCUCGCACUGGGAGGGGAGCUACAAGCAGAAAGACCACAGUGCUGCUGCCAAUACGUAGGAGGGGCUAGAAAAAUGCAUUCAUUAUUCUGUAGUUGAAUCUUUGUCUGAGGGACUUGAUUUUAUUUUCCCCUUUUGCUGGUUUCUGCUUUGGAAUGAGAGAUUUCCUUUGGAAACGCUGAUGUUUAGGAGUUGCAGGCCAGUACUUAGUCAAAGACUGACCUUAUUAAGAAAGCAGUGACCUCUUGAAUACAUGGUAAACUUUUUUGCUCUCAUAGAGCCUGGACUAGAUUUUAUUUGCUUUUGAGUGCCUUUUUGAAAGCUGCUUCAGUGGGACUUUCUUUUUUGAGCUGUGUAUGUCCAAAGAAGAUCCAGUUCAUCAUAGGAAUUUGCUGCCUUCAGACUCAGUGCUGGGGGAAGCAGCUCCUAUGAUGCAUUGGAGAACAUGUUUGGUGAUUGAAUGAAGUAGUCCCAUCCACUGGUGAUGGAAUACUUGAACACAGACAUUUCACUCCUGCCCCCCGCCCCUUUCCAAAUCCAACCCACCUCUGCUGCUCAAAAUAUUUCCUAUAGCCUGCACAGAAAUACAAACAGGUAUAUCAGCUUUUUUUAUUGGAAACAUUUAUUCAUGUUUCCUUUUAUCAUCUCUACCACUGGGCAUGAGAAGCCCCUUUCUCAACUCCCCCCGGCCUUUUGUCACCCUGCGAGUCUUAAGAGUAUGUAUGGGCAUGUUGAAUGCACAAUCAAUGCAAUAUUCAAGGACUUUACUUUUUUUCCAUACCUGUAUAAUGUGUUUAUGUAAACUUGGUUUUCCCAUGUACUAUACAGUUAUUUAUUGUUUGAAGUUUAGAAGACCUCCCACAGGUUUCAGCUGUGGCUAUUUAUUUGGUUAAUUUAUUUGGUUAGAGUUAUUCAACACUGUGCUUUCCCUUCCUUCUCCCCAUGGGAAGUCUAGUGAUUUGCCCAUGGCACUUUUUUUCUGCAUUCCUGUCAACUUUUGUU